GAGUAUAGUAGAGAGGCCAAAAGGGGUUAACAUAACGGCUCCAGCUGGAAUGAAGAUUUCUAGAACCGCAGUACAGGGUAGGGGUUAUCUGUACCGUUGAAGGAACCUUUGAUAUUUGUGCCACCAUCAAGGGCUAACCAGCUUUUUCUGUCCUUCGUCUGCACGAGCGUCUGGCCGAGAACGGAUAUGUAUUUUUAUACGGUGUGACGUGAGGCCAAUCAGAACACGGAUUGUGUACAUCACGGCCCCCACAUAAGAUGUAUUAGUUUAAUAGCACGCGGCUUGUGCAUUCAAAAUUCGAAAUCAAUGGUCGUACAGAUAUAUUACAUUAACCAGAGGCCAAACCUGUCCCCAUUCGUGUUGCUCCAGUCCGCAGUCUCGGAAGCUCCUGGGUGGGGGGAGGGCGCCGGCGAUGUCCCGUACAGGAAGGGAGCCUCUGAGUCUGGAAGGAGGAUUUGGGACGGCAGCGGUACACGGAGGUGCCGAGGCGAGUUUCUCCCUGUGGGAUGGAAGCAUUGGUUCUGAACUUGCAGCUCCGCCUGUCUUGGGGGUUGAUCAAGGAGGGACUUGCUUGCUUCCGUCGUCGGUACGAGGAAGCGAUCAGAUCGCUUCAUUCCUUCAGAGUGGACGGUUAGAUGACACAAAUGCGUGGAUUGAUGGCAUGUUUGCGUCAGCUGAUCGAAACAAUUGCAUGCCUAGUAUUGUGGGGCUCCCAGAUUUGAAUAUCUCCUACUCUAGCACAUGUCCUGAUACGGAAGUAGGGUUGUAUAAUACAUCGACCCCAGGAAGAACUACUAGCAGAGAUGAUUCAUUUGAGUUAUCUAGGGAAUUCUAUUCGACUACGAAGAAUAGUAUCAGGUUGGGAGAUGGGCAUUCCAUACCAACUGAUAUUGCACAAGUAAUUAAGAAACUAGAUUUCAAUAAUGGUGAUGAUGAUGAUAAUUUUGUCUUCAACUGCGCUGCAAGUGAAGCUGGUACCUUAAACGAUAAUUAUUCUGGAAUUGAAUCAUUCAGUAUUAAACUUGGUGAGGCGACGAUGGAAGAUAUUGGUCUGCAACCAGCGGCAGUGUGCAGGUGGGGAACGAAAAGGUGCUCUCUGAAGAAGAGGAAGAAAAAUGGAGCAGAUACUGAUCGAUACCAGCUUGGACAAGAUUUCUACUGCAGCUGCCGUGACAAUCCAGGAGCUAAUGUGAAGACAAGCUCAUCAAAGACCAAUUGCAAAGCAAUGUUGCAUCUGCAUCGAACAAGCGAUGAUGCGUGGGUGGUGGUGGAGCAUAUUUCUGAGCAUAAUCAUCCAUUGUCUGAAACUUAUCGUGAGAAAAAACAUUGGCCUUCACACCAUCAUCUAGAUAAGUACACAAAGGACUUGAUCCGCCUGUUACGGAACAACAACAUAGGUAUUACAAAGCUUUAUACCAUUCUCGGUGAUUUCUUGGGGUCAAUGCAAAAUGUGCCAGCUACAAAAAUAUGUUUGAAAUUGUUUUGUCAGAAAAUUAACAGAGAACAAGCUGAAGAUGACAUCAAGAAAACCUUAGCCCUGGUACGAGAACUCUGUAAAUCUGAUCCUGGUUUUAUGUUUAGUGUUGACACAGACGAUGAUGGCAGAAUUAAAACUUUCAUGUGGACCAAUAGCCAUAGCAGAAUGCAGUAUGAUCAUUUUGGAGAUGUGGUUAGUUUUGAUACCACAUUCCAAACGGAUCUUUAUGAUAUGCCAUUUGGUUUAUUCGUUGGGGUAAAUAAUCAUUUCCAGACUGUAUUGCUUGGAGGUGUGUUAAUGACUGAUGAGAAGAUUGAAAGCUUCAGGUGGGUAUUCAAGGAGUUUGCUUCAAUGAUGGGUGGCAAAGAACCGAAGACCAUAUUAACUGAUCAAUGCCGAGCCAUGGAAGUUGCAAUCGCUGAAGAAUGGAAGAACACAAUUCACCAAUGGUGCAAGUGGCCUGUUCUAAAAAGAGUCAAAGAAUGUGUCAGAACAAAAUAUACCAGCAUUAAGGAGUUUCGAGAUAAGUUCCAUUUCAUGCUAAAUGAGAUGCUAACAAUAGAGGAGUUUGAGAACAGUUGGGCCACGUUGUGGAAGCAAUAUGGUUUGCAAGAUAAUGAUUUUUUGAAGCAAAUUUAUGAAACAAGGGAGAAAUGGGUGAAAAGUUAUUUCAAGGGGGUCUUCUAUGCAGGAAUGACUAGCACCCAAAGAAGUGAGAGUGCAAAUCAUAUGUUGAAAAAUAUACUUUCACCUGGACGCACACUACACAAGUUUAUAGAUCAGUAUAUGAAGCUGCAAUACAUUAGGGAUGAGGAUGAAAACUAUGAGGAAAGACGAAACAAGCUGAAUUCAAAAAGAGUAACUACUGGAGGCCCUCUGGUAGUACAUGCCCAUAAGAUUUACACACUUAAAGUUUUUGCACUAUUCUGUGAGCUGAAAGAAGAUUCAGAAUUAUACCGGACAGUGGAACUUAUACAAGGGCAACAGUAUUUGGUGGAGCACUACAAUCUAGAUCGAGUUCAGCAUUGGUGCAAAGGGAGGUAUACAAUUGACAUUGUAGACAAUGGGAGGAAGUACAGCUGUGAGUGUGGCUUGUUUGAGCAUUUCGGCCUGCCAUGCAGCCACGUGUUAAGGGUGAGCAAAAUCAGUGUUCACCAAGAAUAAUGUAAUGAUCAGUUGUGGUGCGCAGCAACUACCAGAGUGUAUGGUAGUGCAGCGCUGGACCAAGAAAGCGCGUCAUGUACUGCCUGAAGAACUAUCACAAUACAAAAAGGACAACCUGGCACUUUUAGCUCAGACAUACAGGCACUCCUCACUUCUGCUCAAAGCUCUUCAGUUCAUUGAAAUGGGGGACAGCAAUGCAGAGAGCCACACAGUCGCCAUGAAAGUGCUAGAUGAUGGAAUAGAGUCUUUGACUGAGAUUUCCAAACAAAAGGACGGAAUGGGCCUAGGACACACUCAAACAAAAAAUCAAUAUACCUGAUUCCCCUGAAGACCAAUUUGAUCAAUUUCCUCAGCGUGCACCGAAGAAAAAAAAAUGAGCAUGGGCGGCCAACAAACAAGCGACAGAAAGCAGGACAUGAAAAGCUUUCGAAACGACCACGAUUCUGUAGCCAAUGUCGUAGUGACAAACACACUUUGCAGAGCUGCCCCAGUCGUGAUCCAGCAACAAAGAAGGCGAGAAGACCGCCUACAUGCAGUGGCUGCCGACUCACGGGCCAUACGGUAGAUCGAUGUAUUGGUUAUCCGGACCAGCAAGUAGCAUCUGGCUAUAUGUUCUUAUAACCUACCUUUUAGUAUUUUAGUGUAGUUGUGGAAUCAGAGAUCAUGGCUCUAUGUUGACUAAUGUGCUGAAUGAUGUAGCACGAACUUGUUCUCUAGAUUAGGAGUGUUGAUGUACCUCUAUGAACCACAGUGCCAUUGUGGUUCAACUAUUUUGUUUGAUCCCUCUAUUGUGUUCUUGAUGUACCAUGGCAAUUUGAUAUCCACCGCCUCUUGUGAUGCAGCUUUCUAAUAUUAGGCAGCUA